AUACAUGUUCUUCGGUGUAUAUAUACAUGUUCUUCGGUGUUUGUAAAAAGCUAAAGAUACCUUGCAUUCCAGUCUCAUUUUGCUCUGCCCUUUGCAAUCAUCUUCCUUCGUUUCCUUUGAUCAUUUCCAAACAAGAUAACAACAUGGUUGAAACUGCAAUUGCAGCUGCUGGCAUGUUUAUCUCUCCCAUCGUCCAAGUGUUUUUUCAAAGAAUGGCGUCUGGCGACUUUGUUGACUUAUUUCGGGGACGAAAACUCGAUGAUGGGCUCUUAACGAGGUUCGAGAUAAAAUUGCUGUCCGUGAAUGCAGUGCUUAAGGAUGCGGAGGACAAGCAAUUUACAAGGCCUGAUGUGAAAGUGUGGGUUGAUGCUGUCUAUGAUGCUGUCUAUGAUGCUGAGCAAGUCUUGGACGAGAUUUCUACAAAAGCCCAGCAACGCAAGUUGGAUGCUGAAUUUGGAAACUUUGGAAGUAAGGUACGCAACUCCAUCUCUAGAUCUACUUCUCGUUUUGUCAAGAAGGUAGAAAAACAGAUAGAAAAGCUACUUAAAAGACUAGAUUUUCUAGUAAAUGAAAAGGAGAAUUUAGGUUUGAGAGAAGGUACUGUUGGAGGGAAUCCAUCAGAAAGACUGCCCACUACUUCUUUGGUCGAUGAAUCUCGUAUUUUUGGUAGAGAUGGUGAUAAAAAGGCAAUAAUUAACUCGCUGCUCUCAGAUGGUGCAAGUGGCGAUGAGAUGGGUCCGGGUGUGAUUGCCAUAGUCGGCAUGGGGGGAAUUGGUAAAACCACCCUUGCUCAGCUUGUUUACAAUGAUGACAGGCUGAAAGGCCAUUUUGAGCAUAAAGCAUGGGUUUGUGUUUCAGAUCCAUUUAACGUGUCCAUGGUCAUGAGAACAAUUAUAGAGGCAGUACCUAGCCGAUCACCUUGUGAUAUUAAGGAUAAUUUAGAUCGGCUUCAAAAUGAACUCAAGGAGAGAUUGAUAGGAAAGAAAUUCCUAGUUGUUUUAGACGAUAUUUGGGAGAAGAACGAGGACAAAUGGGAGGUCUUACGUAUUGCUCUUAAAUUUGGGGCGCAAGGAAGUAAGGUCAUUGUAACAACACGCGAUCAUGAGGUGGCAAAAAUCAUGCACGGUAAAUAUCAUCCUAUAACGGAUUUAUCAAAAAAUGAUUGUUUGUCACUAUUUGCAAAAUAUGCAUUAAUCCCUAAUGGUAACUUUAAUGCAUAUCCACAACUUAAAGAAAUAGGAAGCCAAAUCAUAAAAAAGUGCAAAGGCUUACCUUUAGCAAUCACGGCAAUUGGGGGUCUUUUGCAGUCUAAUUUAUGUGUUGAUGAAUGGAAUAAGGUAUUGAGAAGUGAAUUAUGGGAUUCACCAAUUACAGAUACAAACAUCCUUCCUGCUCUAAUUUUAAGUUAUAAAUAUCUUUCGCUACGUCUAAGGCGAUGCUUUGCAUACUGCUCCAUAUUUCCAAAGGAUCAUGCUUUCAAAAAAGAUCAAUUAGUCUUAUUAUGGAUGGCGGAAGGUUUUUUGCCGCAACCCCAAAACAUAACAAUGGAAGAAGUUGGUGAUGAUUACUUCCUUGCUCUUGUAUCGAGAUCAUUACUCCAACGAUCCAAGAGCGAUGAGCAUGAUGAAUAUGUAAUGCAUGAUUUUGUCAGCGAUUUGGCAAAGUUUAUAUCUAAAGAGUUUACUUUAUGCCACAAAGAUGACUAUUCUUGUGAAAUUCUAAGCAAGACUUGCCAUUUCUCGUAUUCUUCUAACGAUUUUGAUAUUAAGAAGUUAGAGAUUCAUGAAUCUAUCAGGUUGCGCACUAUCAUAGAUUUAGAUAGGUUGGGUAGUCAUCAUUUUAUACAUGGAGUCAAAUUUUCGAUGAUAAGAUGCUUACGGGUCCUUAUUCUUUCUCCUUGGCAGUUAUGUGAGUUGCCAGACUCAAUUGGUAAAUUUAAACAUUUACGUUAUUUGAGGCUUCAUAACUAUUGGAUUAAAAGGUUGCCUGAUUCCAUAUGUAAAUUGUGCAAUUUGCAAAUAUUGGAUGUAUCAGAUUGUUGUGGUCUUGAUGCCUUGCCAAGAGAUUUGCAUAAACUCAUUAAUUUACGUCAUCUUGAUGUUGCUGGAACUAAGAUAAAGGAGAUGCCAAUAAAUCUGGGUAAACUAAAAUGUCUUCAGACAUUACCUUCAUUUAUCGCUAGCAAUAGUGGAUGUGGCAUUGAAGAGCUAGGGAAACUUACAAAUCUUCGAGGAUUACUUUCUGUUUUGGAGCUCCAAAAUAUUGAAUCUCCAUCGAAUGCUGAGGGCAGAAGCUUGAGGGAUUUGAAGUACCUUAAGAAGUUGGUAUUGGGGUGGAAUGGUGAUACUAAUGCGUCGGAAAGUCAUAAAAUCGUACUUAAUAAUCUCCAGCCCCAUACAAACUUGGGAAGCCUCACUAUCAAAGGAUAUGGGGGCACAAGUUUUCCAUAUUGGGUUGGGGAUGCUUCAUUCUCUAAUAUAGCAUCUCUUCGUCUAGAAAACUGUAAAUUUAGUUAUAGCUUGCCACCACUUGGGCAACUACCCUCUCUGCAGAAACUCUCGAUUGUUGGGUUGGAUGGAGUUGUUACGAUAGAUCGUCAGUUUUAUGGCAGUGGAUCCCAUUCGAUGAAGCCAUUUGGAGCCUUGGAAUAUCUAUGGUUUUCUGAUAUGUUGGAGUGGAAGGAAUGGUCUCCUUUUGAGGCUGAAAACGAAGGUCGAGCUUUUCCUAAUCUUAGAGAUCUUACGAUUCGUGAUUGCCCUAAGCUUACAAGUGGGUUGCCCGCCCAUCUUCCUUCUUUAGACAAACUUGUCAUUUAUGGUUGUCCCCAGCUAGUGGCUUCAAUCCCCAGGGCUUCUUCUCUAUGUGAACUGGACUUUUCAAUUUGCAAUACGGUUCUAUUAAGCGAAUCGCUGACUGGAAUAAAAAAGCUUAGAAUUGGAAGCUGUCCGAAGUUGGAGCUCCCAAUGCACUUGAACUAUUCAUCCCUUGAAAUUUUGGAGUUGGACCGUUGUUGGUUUCUCAAGUCCUUUCCAUUGUUCCCAAAGCUUCUUCUUUUGAAAAUCUCGCGUUGUGAGUAUCUAGAAUCUCUUACUGUUGGAGAACAACAUGAACAAGAUUUACUCCUCUCGCAGAUAGAAAUCUGGCGGUGCCCUAAUUUUGCAUAUUUUCCACAUGGAGGAUUGCGGACCCCUAACCUUAAAGAUUUUACGAUCAACGAUUGUAGGAGUCUUCAGUCACUACCUGAAAAGAUGCACAUCCUUCUUCCCUCUCUUGAGGAAUUGUAUAUAGAAGAUUGUCCACAAGUUGAGUCGUUUCCUGAAGGGGGCUUGCCUUCCAAUUUGAAUGAAAUUUCCAUCUUCGGUUGUGACAAACUCUUUGCGAGCCGGUUGGGUUGGGGUUUGCAAACUCUCCCGUGUGUUAGAAGAUUCUCAAUCGGUGACAAAUCUGAAGAUGCGGAGUCCUUUCCAGAUGAGGGGUUGCUGCCUACCAAUCUUACCUAUCUAUUCAUCGGGAAUUUUCCAAAUUUGAAAUAUUUGGACACGAAGGGGCUUAAACACCUCACUGCUCUUGAAGAAUUGGUGAUCACGAACUGCCCCAAGUUAGAGCGCAUGUCAGAAGAUGGGCUGCCUGCCUCCCUUUCAACUCGAAGGAUCCACGGUUGUCCUUUGUUAAAGAAGAGUUGGAAAGGAAAGGAGAAGAAUGGGGCAAGAUUGCUCACGUCCCCAACAAAUUUAUUGGCUGGAUGAGAUAAGAGUCCAACAAGAGUCUCCACUUUCUUUUUCAUAAUAUCCACUUGUACAGUCAGGUCAUCUGGAGUGAAAUACAAGCUGUACUUGUGUGCUCAUGGCUUUGCUGCAGAUGGUCAACCGCUCCUAGGCCUUUGUUUUUGUAUUCUCAAUGGGUUCCAUUCUCUUCAUCAAUUGAUAUCAUGUCAUCUUUCAAUAGGCUUUGUUAAUUGUGCUGGAGCGAGCUGGGUUAAGAGUAUUUGAUUCGGCCAUUUAGAGUUCAUUAUUGUGAUAUUGGCUCUGCGGCAUUGGUAUGAGAACUCUGAAACGGUGUAAACAUUCUGUUGGCAUGUCUUUUUGCUUUGGUGGCAAACUCCUCUGCUGCAGGUGUUCCAACUGGUGGGUCAAUGGCUUUGGACUAUGGUAUAUCAGAAUGCUCUUCAAAUCAUUGCCGUUACUUGGAUGGCCGGCUUUCUCCAUUUGGUUGGAGAUGAAAAUUUGUAGUUCAUGGAUUAUAAUAAAGAUCUCGAGGAAAGAGUGUCGGAUUCAUACUCACUAUUGAGUCUCUUGAAGAGUUAAGAUUGUGUUUCCAUGCUCUCAUCAUGGGAUAAAGAGUUGCUCGACAAUCUCCACAAUCUCUCCCUGGUAACAUGGACAGCAAAUGAGCAGCUGUUUCAAUAUUAACAAGCAGCCGGAGGCGAAACUCAAGAUAAUAUAUUCUAGUUGGUUUUUCUUGUUUCUGCCUGGUUCAGUAAAGCGAAUGAUAAAGACAAUGCUUAAUGUGAUAUUGAAUUAAAGAUGGCACAUAUUCCUUAUAGUAUCCAAGUGUUGGAUUGACAACUUUUUCACAUGAGUGGAUAUCUUCUUGGAGUGAUGAUCCUUUAAUUUCUUUGAUGUGAAAAGGCAUGCUUCUCAAGAGAUUGUUGUUGCAAGAACAAGAGAGCACCAGUACUGUUUUCUUCUUGGUUUUCGAGGAGCCAAAACAAUAGAAAAAAAGGAGAGGUCAAGUAGUUCUCAAACCGAGCACAAAGGCAAAUCCUAUGUUGGUCCUCUUCAGGAUUUGAUGGCAGAGACUAUUUUUCUUGCCGAGGAAUUUAGACAAAAGCAAUUCGGUGCAUUUUUGUGUAUGCUUGUUGAGAAAUAUCCUGAAAUUUUAGCAAGUCAAUGGCUUUUAACAGUGGCACUGGUCCAUUGGAGUAUCAACUUUUGGAAUCUGAUGAGUUGCUACCUGAACUUGUGAUAUUAAGGGAUCAUAUUUCACUUUCUACAGAACUCGAGAAAUAGGCUAGGGCUAUGGCUAUUAAAAAUUCUUGCUUGGUUGAUACCCUUUGAUCAAUUAUCAGCAUUGCUUUGAGGAUGCUCCUCUGCAUCGAUCCACUCGCCAGAACCCUAACACCAACUCCGACGAGAUCUGCCACAGAAGAGAAAGAGGAGAGUUGGAGUGAUUGACCGACGAAGAAAGCCCACGCUACACUGAACAAGUUUAUAAAAGUGGUGCAAGUAAAAUUAAUUCCCUUCGUCCUAUAUAUGCCUGUGCCUGCAGCUUUUUAACACUCGUUGGUUUUUAUAGGGCUUUGAUAUUGAUAGCAUGCCUGAGGUCAGGGGUUUUGGUUUAAUUCACCCACGCGAUCUAAGCGAUAAGGAUCAAUACAGCCACUGCGAAAGAUUUUCGCAGCAUGCAAUCAACGUAUACCACAGGCGCAAACAGCAAAAAUCUUCGGACAAGGUAUAGCUAUAGGUCUUUACUUCUCCUGGAGUACAGAACUAAAUAUUGAUGGUGACUUUUGUGUGUAGCCUCAAACUCCUCUACUGGAGUUUGUGAAGGUAUUAUAUAACCUUUGAGACCAAGGAUUUUGCUGAUGGAGGACAGAUUAAGACCUAUGAAACCUUGGUGCGUUGCAGGGAAGCCCCCAUGCAUAGAUGUUAACUUCUCCGUGGUGUUUAUCAGGGAGUUUAAACGGCGUGUGAAAGGGGAUCAAGUUAUUGGUAUUCACUCAGCUAAGUUCUAUCGGGAGGUUCACAUGCAAAUUCAGCGAAGAAGCAGUACUGUUCAAAUCCAGCUGAAGCGAAUGAUCAAGACAAGGCGGCAUAUGAAAUUGAACUAAAGAAGGGGCUGAUUCCUUCAGUAUCUACUACUUAGAAUAAAGACGUAUUGACGGGUGUUGAUCAUUGGAUUUCUUCUCCAGUUGCUUAGUUGCUUAUACAUACCUACUUGCUCCACUGAGAGCUCUAAAAUGCUGUCUAUACGUUUUGUUUGGGCGUCCUUUUUUCUUUGGUGGCAAACUCCUCUAGUGAUGGUGUUCUAGCUGGUGGUUCAGAGAACAAUCGCAACAAGAACCAGAUGAAUAUGAGCAGAGUGCUGACCCAGUAUUGAUGAUUGUGUCCAAUGUGCUUGAAUUGAUGGCUGAUGCUUUAGUUAUUACUCAUGUUGGUGGUGUAUCUUGUGGGAGAGCACGUGAGUUGAUACACUUUGAGAUGUGCCGGUCACCUUUCCUAUAGAACGUAUGGUGGAAAUUAUCAACAUCCUUCUGGUUCUCUUUAUUUUUGAAGGAUAAGGAUGCCCCUGCUCCGUAUCAGCCACCAAAUACAUUCUCUCCAUCCCAGACACCUUCCCAAGUACUGUAUUAUACGGUACAUCUAGUACAAAUGAUCAGGAUGCCCCUGCUCCGUAUCAGCCACCAAAUACAUUCUCUCCAUCCCAGACACCUCCCAAGUACUGUAUUAUACGGUACAUCUAGUACAAAUGCUUUGGACAAUGGUAUUUCAGAAUGCUCUUCAAAUCAUUGUCGUUACUUGGAUGGCCAGCUUUCUCCAUUUGGUUGGAGAUGAAAAUUUGCAGUUCAUGGAUUACAAUAAAGAUCUCGAGGAAAGAGUGUCGGCUUCAUAUUCACUACCGGGUCUCUUGAAGAGUUGAGAACGUGUCUCAAUGCUCUCAUCAUGGGAUAAAGAGUUGCUCGACAAUCUCCAUAAUCUCUCCCUGGUGACAUGGACAGCAAAUGAGCAGCUGUUUCAAUAUUAACAAGCACUGGAGGCAAAACUUAUGAUAAUAUGUUCUAGUUGUUUUUUCUUGUUUCUGUCUGAUUUAGUAAAGUGAAUGAUGAAGACAAUGCUGACUGUGAGAUUGAAUUAAAAACAGCACAUAUUCCUUAUAGUAUCCGCGAGUGCUGGAUUGACAACUUUUUUACAUGAGCGGAUAUCUUCUUGGAGCAAUGAUCCUUUCUUUGAUGUGCAAAGGCAUACUUCUCAAGAGAUUGUUGCUGCAAGAACAAGAGAGCACCGGUAUUGUUUUCUUCUUGGUUUUGGAGGAGCCAAGAGAAAAAAAGGAAAUGGUGCUACUGUGGAAGAGAGAAAAAUAGAAAGACCAUCUAUUUUCAGGAUGGAAAGCUGGUUCAGGACCACAGGACGGGCCAACCUUUAUCUUGUCCUAGCAAAAUAAAAGUUUGUAUUCCUGUCUUUUUAAGAAUCUUUAUUAUGUGAUAGUGAGAUUUGGGUAUAUUGGGACUUUGGGUUUUGAGUGAAUUUUUUCUCUACUAUUUUUGUAAUCUAUCUUUAUAGUGAAUUUUUUUGAGAUCGCCUCAGCCAGUGAAAGUACCUCACAUUAAGGGAAUCACUUAAAUUAAAUUAUCUUAA